GUUACAACAGAAUAUGGAUGCUUUCAUAAACAACACUGAUGCCAUUUGCAGCUAUUUCCCGAUAUAACUGGAUAAACAGUAAACAUUUUAAAUAUUCAUUUAUAAAUCAACAAUACAACAAAGAGGAAAAUAAAACAUAAAAACAGACAGGAAACCAUUAAAAAGAACAGUAAAUAACUAAAACCUUUAAACAUGGGGAAUGAAGUUAGCAGUAGCCCUAUACGCAAGGUAAAAAAUCAGUGGAUCAACUCAAAUGGCGCAAAGUCAAAGCAAGUGAUGUUAUAUGACACUGGCUUUGGGGAAAAGCGUGAAGAAUCCUACAUGGAUGCGGCACUCACAGGAUCCUUUGAGAAUGAAAUAUAUCCUUAUGAACAAAAAUCCACAUUGGCAAAAAGUGUCAUGGGAAAGUUUUAUUUUCUCGAUAGACCUAUGAUCAAGAAUGAACAUUUUGAUACAUACACAAAUGCAGUUGAAAACCCUGUGUUUGUCCUUGGUGAAGAUACAACCAUCUGGGCACGUGCAAUGUUUGGAUGCGCACCAAUGUAUUACCCAAUUGGCGAACAAACUCUACUUCCUACAGUUGAUGAGGCAGAAAAAAUCAAACACAUUCCGAACAAAAAUCGCGCUCUCCUCGGGAGCGUCCCUAAACUUUUUGCCUUGUAUGUGAAGGUUAAUGGGAAGCCUUACUGCCCUGCUAAGGUCUCAGGAGACUGUGUCAAACACAUGCAAUCACACAAAGAAACAGCUGGACUUGCAAUCACUUCACCUAUCAACAGAUCAUUCCUUUCAUGGAUGCCUGUGAAUGAGUCAGACAAAAGCGUCUUUAUUGAUGUGCCAAUCGUAGGCAACAUUGACCAAGUCAGUAAGACCCCCGACACAGGGAAACAUGGGAAAAGCUGUGCCGUUGUGUUCAUAGACUUAUUCAAAUCACUUCCACCUGGACAGUACAAGAUCGAACUUAACCUAUUUUACCUUUACAGCCACAUGGAGUACACUGUACUGAAGCUCUCUGAGGCUGAUAACGUGGAUGGCUACUGGGAAAUGGAUCUGUAUAAAAACUCAGAACUCCUUCACCCUCAUCCACAUCCUCGUAACCUCAAAUGCUGUGAGCAACCAAUCGCAAAUGGAAUAUUCACUGUUUGCAUUCCUGGUGGAUUAGCUGACCUUUGGGAGGAAAUUCUUGAUCGUAAAACUCCAAGGGAGUUAUUCAUGGAACGUGAUCGUGAGCAGUAUCGUGAAGAAGCAUACAAAUCAGUAGCAGAAGAUGAUUUUGUGGAGUACCACGAACUAGGGACCCCUACCCAUAUAGUUUUGGCUAGUCCAAUACGUUUCCACACAUAUACAAUGAAAAAAGGACUUGCACAGAUUAAUCACAUGUAUGAAUCCAUAGAGGUGGUCAUAUUAUGGGCACGCGGUAAAAAGCCAGAAAAAAAUGGCAAACUCCUUGACCAAGCGAUGAUAGUCCGUGGGGAUACCCCAAUAGGGCAUACGGAUGUAUGGAAACUAUGCCCGAGGCCAUUCGUUGACACGAAGGAGUGGGAACUGAAAUCUGUGAAAAACAAACACAUAUUUGAGGCAAUAGAUGACUGUAGGGCCCUACCAAGGCGUAGGAGAUCCACAAUGAAGUCAAUGGGAUCAUCAUCACUGAACGGCAGUGGAAGUCGACUAUCUGAUGGAUACGUAGAGGUGAGGCGUGUAAGUAGAAAUCUCGAGGAUGACUUACCACAGCCUUGAUGAAACUAAAUGAAAAUCACAAGUGACACUACACUUUUUUGAUGAUUCACAAUGUGCAGACAGUACAUUGCAUGAACAAGAACCAAAUUAUCAAAGGAUUAUUCUGGCGAAAAACAGACAUCCAACCAACUACCAUUUAAAGUACUUUAGUUAAUACAUUAUCUGUCAAUUUUAUAUAUGUGUGGUUAAAUAUUCCAAUGAAUGAGAUUUCAUCCAAAAUAACCUCACAUUUAAAUGAGAAUAACUAUAAGUCAAGACUUACUUGAUCAUUAUUCAAUUAAAAUAUGGAUAGUCUUACCCUGAUCAGGUUUAUGGUGUAAGACAUACAUAUUAAUACCUUGAACUGAGAUAAAGCUGUUAAUCUGUCUGACUGCAUUUAGUGUAUAUGCAUAUAUACUGUA